AUACCAGAAGAUGAAAUAUCCAGUAUAAAAGAUGUAUGGAAGUGGUUAUGUGGACCAGAAUUAUCUUCUCAUCUGAAAUCAGUGUUUAAUCCAAAGAGUCCAUUUGAAAUAUCCAUUGUGUUUGACUAUGAAGAUUCAGAUAAAGAAUGUAAUUUUUUGAUAUCUACCAAUCCAAAUGAAUUUCAGAGAAGAAAAAAGUCAACCUAUGAAAUAUUUACCAGAACAGCUGUAUUGAAAUCUGUAUCAUCUAUACCUGAUAAUUUAUUUAAAAAAUAUUAUCAAUGUCCAUGUAUAAAACCAGUAAAAGAAAUCAGCUAUAUAAUAGAUUGUAAUUAUGAUGCUAUAUAUAUAGCAGGAAGAUAUAAUAAAUACAGUAGAACAUUGAGUCAAACACCAUGGCUUAUAGAUGGAAAGAGAAAAACUAUUUCAUCAGUUGAAGAAGAAAUUUGUAAUUGUUUAACAUCUUUUAAAGCUUCAGAAUUUCGUUUUUCAUCAUCUGGUAGAGAAGAUGUAGAUGUUAGAAUGUUGGGUAAUGGCCGACCAUUCAUAGUAGAGAUAAUGAAUUCACACAGAAAUACUGUAGUUAGUACUUUGCCAGAUAUACAGAAGCAGAUCAAUGAGACAUCUGAUGUGGUUAAAGUAAGAGAUUUACAGUUGGUCACAAGAGAUGAUACUGUAAAGUUAAAAGAAGGGGAAGGAGAGAAGAAUAAAUGUUAUUUAGCAUUAUGUUGGUCAUCAGAAGUUUUAACUGAUGAACACAAACAUUCUAUUAGUCAACAAAAGGAUUUAGAAGUACACCAGAAAACACCAUUAAGAGUUUUACAUAGGAGAUCACAAGCUACCAGACUAAAAAUAGUUCAUUCAAUGAAUGUUGAAGAUGUGAAGGGGAAUUAUUUUAAACUAAAUAUUUCCACUCAAGCUGGAACGUAUCCUUUUUUACUGUGA